AUGCAGCUCGGAAGCAUCCUCACCCUCCUCUGCCUCAGCAGCGGCGCCCUCUCCUUCAAGGUCCGCGCAUUCACAGACCCAGGUUGCAAGGGCGACGCAAAGGAAGUCAACAUCUACGACAACACCUGCAAAGGCUCGGGUCUUCCCAAGACACAGUCCUUCCGUGUCCUGUCCUACGGAGCUCAUCGUCAGCGUGCUGGGUUUUACUCGGACGGCUCUUGCAAUGCCCUAGGCCGGGGAUGGGUCGACUACUGGGCUGAUGGCGGCAGCAAUGUCUUCAGGAAAGACGACUGUGUCGACCUUGGAUUUGGGGCGUACUCGAUGGGAUCUCGCUCUGCUUGA